UCUGAUUCUCCUCCAGAGUCAGCAGUUGUGGAUGAAUCUCGAGCGUGGUCAGACACUCAGCGUUCAACGGCGUUUUUCUCUGUUACUGGUUUUUUUUGUACACUUAUCUACCUCUCUCUCUCUCUAUCGACCAAGAGACAAAAGUGCCACAAUUUUGACGAAGGAGGUGGAAGAUGAAUUGGCACAAGUAAAACACCAAAAGCAGUAAUUAAACAGUUGCCAUUAUAUAUUCUUCCAGUUGCAAUCACCUUGAUGUGAAUGAGUGAGUGUAAAAUGAUGUCCACGGAGGUGUGAUCUCCACCCCAGUGAUUGUGCCUUAUCAAAAACCUGAAGGAUUUCCCUGGGAAAACAGUGUUGUCCCAAGUGCAGAUUUAGGUGGUGACAACACAAGAUAAUGCUGUAAAGAUGAAUAAUGUGUUACCCGUUGUUUUUCCAUGGCGAAGAAGAAGACCCGUUUGGUUACUUCUUCUGGCACUACUUGCCAUCUUAGUCACAUCAAUCAGUGGAAAUGAAGAAGAAAAAAUUCUGAGUCACACCGAAAAGCAGAGAUACGAUGGAUGGUACAACAAUUUGGCACAUCCUGAUUGGGGUUCUGUUGAUACUCACCUGGUGAGAAAGGCUCCGUCUGCUUACUCAGAUGGUGUCUACGCACUGGCCGGUGCCAAUCGGCCAUCUCCAAGAAGACUGAGUAGAUUAUUUAUGCGUGGCGUCGAUGGAUUAGCCUCCAAGUCAAAUAGAACAGCGAUUUUGGCUUUCUUCGGUCAGGUCGUUACUAAUGAAAUCGUGAUGGCAUCAGAGUCGGGCUGCCCAAUUGAGAUGCACCGUAUUGAGAUUGAGAAAUGUGAUUAUAUGUAUGACAAGGAGUGUCGAGGUGACAAGUACAUUCCGUUCCAUCGAGCAGCCUAUGACAGGGAUACUGGACAGAGCCCUAAUGCCCCAAGGGAACAGAUCAAUCAGAUGACAGCAUGGAUUGAUGGAAGCUUUAUCUACAGCACUUCAGAGGCAUGGCUCAAUGCCAUGAGAUCUUUUCACAAUGGUACCCUUCUCACCGAUCAAACUGGUCAGAUGCCAGUUAGGAAUACCAUGAGAGUGCCUCUGUUUAACAAUCCUGUACCACAUGUUAUGAGAACCCUCAAUCCAGAGAGACUUUUCUUGCUCGGUGAUCCGCGAACCAACCAAAACCCUGGCCUUCUCUCAUUUGCCAUCCUCUUCUUCCGGUGGCACAAUGUUCUAGCACGCCGGAUCAAGAAACAACAUCCCACGUGGACGGAUGAGGAUAUUUUCCAACGGGCUCGUCGCAUUGUCAUUGCCUCCCUGCAGAACAUCAUUCUCUAUGAGUACCUGCCAGCUUUCCUGGAUGUCGAAAUCCCAGCCUACAAGGGCUACCAACAAGAUACACAUCCAGGUGUUAGUCAUAUGUUCCAGUCUGCCGCAUUUCGUUUCGGACAUACAAUGAUCCCACCCGGAUUUUAUCGUCGUGAUGGAAAAUGCAAUUACCGCACAACAGCAAUGGGUUAUCCAGCUGUAAGACUGUGCAGCACCUGGUGGGAUUCCAAUGAAGCCCUAUCUAUCACUAGCAUUGAAGAAAUCCUGAUGGGCUUAGCAUCUCAAAUAGCUGAAAGAGAAGAUGCUGUCCUAUGCACAGAUGUCCGAGACAAAUUGUUUGGCCCAAUGGAGUUUACCCGAAGAGAUUUAGGAGCUCUGAAUAUUAUGCGAGGCAGAGAUAACGGACUUCCGGACUACAAUACAGCAAGAGCGGCUUUCAAGUUGCCUAAAGUUAAGGACUGGAAGGACAUCAAUCCUGAAUUCUUCGAGAAACAUCCUGAAGUGAUGAGUUUGCUCGUGUCUGCGUAUACCAAUCGAUUGGACAAUGUGGAUGUUUAUGUAGGGGGAAUGUUGGAGUCUGAUGGGAAGCCAGGAGAACUCUUUACAGCUGUGAUCGUGGAGCAAUUCACAAGACUUCGGGAUGCUGAUCGUUUCUGGUUUGAGAAUGAGGAAAAUGGAAUUUUUACAGCGGAAGAGAUUGCAGAAUUGCGAAAAAUCACUCUGUGGGACAUCAUUGUCAAUGCCACAGACAUUAAACCUGGUGAGAUUCAAAAGAAUGUCUUCCAGUGGGUCAAUGGAGAUCCCUGCCCCCAACCUAUGCAGCUAAAUGCGUCAGAAUUGGAACCAUGCAGCUACCUCCAAGGCUAUGAUUAUUUUUCUGGCUCAGAAUUGACCUUUAUCUACGUUUGUGUCUUUUUGGGUUUUGUUCCCAUCCUGUGUGCAGCUGCUGGGUAUGGAGUGGUCAAAUUGCAGAACAGCAAGAGGAGGAAACUGAAGAUUCGGCAAGAAACCCUACGCAACAAAGCCAAUCACAAGGGAUCUGUGGAUAAAAUGAUCGCUCGCGAAUGGCUCCAUGCCAAUCACAAACGUCUCGUCACAGUUAAGUUUGGUCCGGAAGCUGCCAUCUAUACAGUUGAUCGGAAAGGGGAGAAAUUGCGCACGUUCAACCUUAAGAAUGUGGAAUUGGUGACUGUGGAAGAAUCUCAGUCGAAUUAUUCCGUGAAGAGGCCAUACAUUCUCCUGCGAGUGCCAAAUGAUCACGAUCUUGUACUGGAACUAGAGUCUAUCACUCAACGAAGGAAGUUCGUGAAGAAACUUGAAGACUUUCUGAUUUUGCACAAAAAGGAAAUGACCAUUACUGAGGUCAAUAGAGACAUCAUGUUGGCAAAAGCAGAGACAAGGGAGCGACGUCAGAAACGGUUGGAGUACUUCUUCAGAGAGGCCUAUGCCUUAACAUUUGGACUAAAGCCAGGUGAACGACGGCGCCGCUCAGAUGUUUCUUCGGAUGGUGAAGUGAUGACUGUGAUGAGGACCAGCUUGUCAAAGGCUGAAUUUGCUUCGGCUCUGGGAAUGAAAUCUGAUGAUAUGUUUGUGCGGAAGAUGUUCAAUAUCGUGGACAAGGAUCAGGAUGGUCGAAUCUCCUUUCAGGAAUUUCUCGAGACCGUGGUACUCUUUUCCCGUGGUAAGACAGAGGAUAAGCUCAGAAUCAUCUUCGACAUGUGCGAUAAUGAUAGGAAUGGUGUGAUUGAUAAGGGUGAGCUCAGUGAGAUGAUGCGAUCCCUGGUUGAGAUCGCAAGAACCACAAGUCUGGGAGAUGAUCAGGUGACGGAACUGAUUGAUGGAAUGUUCCAAGAUGUUGGCCUGGAGCACAAGAAUCACCUGACCUACCAGGAUUUCAAGUUAAUGAUGAAGGAGUACAAGGGAGAAUUUGUGGCCAUUGGACUGGAUUGCAAAGGGGCCAAACAAAAUUUCCUCGAUACUUCCACAAAUGUCGCCCGAAUGACAUCCUUUCACAUUGAACCAAUGAUGGAUUCGAGACGCCACUGGAUACUCGAGAAGUGGGAUUGCUACACGACAUUCCUGGAGGAGAAUCGCCAAAAUAUCUUCUACCUGUUCUUGUUCUAUGUGAUAACCAUUGUGCUAUUCGUUGAGCGAUUCAUUCACUAUUCCUUCAUGGCAGAACAUACGGAUUUGAGGCAUAUCAUGGGAGUUGGAAUUGCCAUUACGAGAGGAUCAGCUGCAUCUCUGUCUUUCUGCUAUUCACUCCUACUGCUCACAAUGUCCCGGAAUUUGCUGACAAAAUUGAAGGAAUUCCCAAUUCAGCAGUAUAUUCCUCUGGAUUCUCACAUACAGUUCCACAAGAUUGCUGCUUGCACUGCCUUAUUCUUCUCUCUGCUCCAUACCGUGGGUCAUAUUGUCAAUUUCUAUCAUGUGUCCACACAGAGCAUUGAGAAUCUACGCUGCCUCACCCGUGAAGUUCACUUUACCUCAGACUACAAACCAGAUAUCAGCUUCUGGCUCUUCCAGACUGUCACUGGAGUCACUGGCGUGAUUCUCUUCAUUACUAUGUGCAUCAUCUUUGUUUUUGCUCACCCUACGAUCCGGAAGAAAGCGUACAAGUUCUUCUGGAAUAUGCAUUCGCUCUUCAUUUUACUUUAUAUCCUGUGCCUGAUUCAUGGAUUGGCCAGGCUGACCGGACCCCCAAGAUUUUGGCUAUUCUUCAUUGGUCCAGGUGUUAUAUACACUCUGGAUAAGAUUGUGUCUCUGAGAACCAAAUACAUGGCUCUAGAUGUGAUGGAGACUGAUCUUCUGCCAUCAGAUGUUAUCAAAAUUAAAUUCUACCGCCCACCGAAUCUAAAAUAUCUCUCCGGACAGUGGGUGAGGUUGUCCUGUACAGCCUUCAGACCACAUGAGAUGCACAGUUUUACCCUUACAUCUGCACCUCAUGAGAACUACCUGAGUUGCCACAUCAAAGCCCAAGGUCCAUGGACGUGGAAACUGCGAAACUACUUUGAUCCCUGCAACUACAAUCCCGAGGAUCAGCCCAAGAUUCGCAUUGAAGGGCCCUUUGGGGGUGGCAAUCAGGAUUGGUACAAGUUUGAGGUGGCCGUAAUGGUGGGCGGUGGAAUUGGGGUGACGCCGUAUGCGUCCAUCCUCAAUGACUUAGUCUUUGGUACCAGUACAAAUCGAUACUCAGGCGUAGCAUGCAAAAAAGUCUACUUCCUCUGGAUCUGCCCAUCACACAAGCAUUUUGAAUGGUUCAUAGAUGUGCUGCGUGAUGUAGAGAAGAAGGAUGUGACGAAUGUCCUCGAGAUUCACAUCUUUAUCACCCAAUUCUUCCACAAGUUCGAUUUGAGAACAACAAUGCUGUACAUCUGCGAGAAUCACUUCCAGCGAUUGUCGAAAACAUCGAUGUUCACAGGUUUGAAGGCCGUCAAUCACUUCGGACGUCCAGAUAUGUCGAGUUUUCUCAAAUUUGUACAAAAGAAGCAUUCUUAUGUGUCGAAGAUUGGCGUUUUCUCCUGUGGGCCACGUCCACUCACGAAAAGUGUCAUGUCUGCCUGUGAUGAGGUCAAUAAGGGUCGCAAAUUGCCCUACUUCAUUCACCACUUUGAGAAUUUUGGAUAGUUGUUUUUUGUAUAAAAUUAGGUAUUAUUUACAUGAUUACAGUAAUUUUAAUAAAUAUGUGUGUUUAUAAUUUAGGAGAUUGAGAAAAGAAGAUGAAAAAAAAGAAGCGAUUUUGUGUAAAUUCCUCCAUCUAAUUUAUUAUCUUUUUGUAUGGCAAUUUUUACAUUUAUCAAUUACGUUAAUUUGUAGUUAUUGCUAUUAGGUAUUCAUUUGUAAUUUUUUUUUUAUAUAGACAAGUUUGUAAACAAUCGAAUCGAAUGAAUUUUUAUUAAAGAGAGACAGAGAAAAAACAGCAAAAAAUGCAUGUUGGAAAAA